ACAUGAGCGAAACCUGAGGCCAAGAUUCCAUCGAUUUCCUGGUCGGCCUCCAAUGAUCGUGGAGCGAGUGCAUCCCCCGACCAUCCCGACCCACCGCUCCUCCGCAAUUCUACCAGCAGACGACGUACCUGGCUGGAAGAAAACCGCGAACUGGUAAGAUUGGAGCGGAUAGAUCGUGGGAGACUUUUGGAAGGAUGCUGCACCUGUUUUAGGAUCGUAAACACUGUUUCCUAUCGUCUAAUUGAUAUUUAUCUGAACUCUUCCUUCCAUCAAGUUCAUUCUGAAGUUAGGUCCCAGGUUGGCUAACAUGUCAGCUGAUUGUAGAGGUCGGUAAGGACAGGGGUCAUUGACGUAUUGAAAGAGCUUCUGGCUUCCUGGCCCAGCGGCCUCCACCACCCGCCAAGAGAGCAAACAGUUCAAUGCGCACAGCGUAAACUCCCUAAUCACACCAACCAGUGGCGAGGCAAUCAACCAAUCAGGAUGAGUCUGGAGGAGAGCCCAUCGGGGGCGGCGUACGAGUCGCUGGGUGCCGAGGACUCUGUGCUCACUUUCCGAAAGAGCAAGCUGGAAGGAGGCACGAUGGGUCACAGCAGUAGAUCCCACCUGAUUCUGACCUGGAUAGUUGGGCUGUGUUUGGGGGUCGGGGUAGGGGUACUCAUCGGGUGGUUCGCAUCCCAGGCCAAGUUUCCAGAUGAAAAGGCAUAUAAACUAUGGCAACAAGCUCUUACAGAAGAGGAUGCUGACAGGAUAUCAAAACUUCUUAUUGAUGAACUCAAUGCAGACAAUAUCAAGGAAAAUCUCAGGUACUUGACCUCACGACCUCAUCUCGCUGGGACACCAGCCGACAAGGAAAACGCUGAGUGGGUCAAGGAUCGUUGGAUAGAAGAUGGGUUAGAUUCAGCCAAUGUUAUACCUUACAAAGUACUACUAAGCUACCCCAGCGUUGAAGAACCUAAUUAUGUCUACAUAUUGAACAGCAAUGGUUCAGUUUAUUUCCAGUCGGCAAGAGAAGAAGCCCCUUUGGAACAAGGUGAUUUAAAGGAUGGCACCGUCCCUCCGUUCAACGCUUAUGCUGCUAAUGGCACUGUAAUGGGAGAUCUAGUUUAUGUAAAUUAUGGAAGGAUUGAAGACUUCCAGCAACUGACUGGAGAACUGGGUAUUGACUUGACUGGAAAGAUAGCCAUAGCGAGAUAUGGAAAAAUAUUCAGAGGAGACAAAGCGGAGGAAGCAGCAGCCUUUGGGGCUGUUGGGUUGAUACUGUACUCUGACCCUGCUGACUACGCCGUAGAGAAUGAUUUAGGGGUGUACCCGGACACCUGGUAUUUACCAGAAACAGGUGUACAAAGGGGGUCACUGUACUCUUAUCAGAGUGUAGGAGGAGAUCCCUUAACCCCUGGUUACCCUGCAUAUGAAACGGCAUAUAAGACUCCUGAAGAUGCUGCUGGCCUCCCCACCAUCCCUGUUCAUCCUAUCGGCUAUGGUGAUGCCAAGAGGAUUCUUGAACAACUUGGAGGCACGGAAGCACCAGAUGAAUGGCAAGGGAAUAUUCAGAAUCUGACCUACAAGCUAGGACCCGGUUUCACAGGAGGAAGAACUGUAAAGCUAGAGGUUAAUACUCGCAACGAGGAGCGUUUAACUUACAACACAAUAGGCAUCAUCAGAGGCUCAUUGGAACCAGAUCGGUACAUCAUAGCGGGUAACCAUCGUGAUGCCUGGGUGUACGGUGCCGUUGAUCCUUCUAGCGGUACCGCAGCCAUGCUAGAAAUGUCCAGAGCAAUGGGAAAGCUUGUCAAAGAUGGUAAAUGGCGCCCUCGUCGUUCUAUUGUAUUUGCCAGCUGGGCCGCAGAGGAGUACUCUUUAAUUGGAUCCACAGAAUGGGUUGAGGAGUUUGUGAAAAACCUUGGUUCCAGGACAGUGGCUUAUCUCAAUGUUGACAUCUCUGUAGAAGGGAAUUAUACCUUCAGGCUUAAAUCAACACCAAACCUCUACGAAGCUGUUUUCUCUGCAACAAAAAAUGUACCUGAUGUUCCAUUUGAGGGCCAUAGCAGCACCGUGUAUGACACGUGGUUGAAACGAACUGGAAAUGGAGGUGACAAACCAAGUGUUCGGAAUGUAGGUUCAGGGAGUGACUAUGCAUCCUUUAUGGGAGAGAUAGGUGUUCCGUGUGUGGAUCUUAGAUAUACCUUUGAUUCGGAUUUUGGCCUAUCAAGCUACCCUCUGUACCACUCCAUGUACGAGACAUUCUUCCUUGUUAGCGAGAUCAUGGACCACUCCUUUGAGUACCACUUGGCCGUCACCAGAGUGUGGGCGGAGCUAGCUCGUAGUCUUGCCGAUAGUCUGAUCUUGCCCAUCAAUGUUGUUGAUACUGCUGAGAAGAUCACCAGCUCCAUUGCCACUCUGAAAGGCUUCUAUGAAGAUCAGAUGGCAGAGCAAGGCAUUACGUGGGAAACCAUCGAAUCAGCAUCUAGUAAUCUUACUACAGCAGCCAGAGCUUUUCAGAAUGAUUUGGAAAAUAUGGAGAAAAAUGAUCCCUUUGCCAUACGCCGUGUCAAUGAUCAGCUUCUCCAGUUUGAGCGUGCUUUCAUUGAUCCACUUGGUUUACCAGGGAGGAACCUUCAAAGGCAUGUUGUGUUUGCCCCUAGCAGCAAGGAUGCCUACAAAGGUGAUGCAUUCCCGGGCAUUGUAGAUCUCAUGUUCGACAUCAACAACCCGGACGGAGAUGUCAGCAAGGAUUGGGAAGCCUUAAAACAGCACAUGUCGGUCGUUGCCUUUGUGUUACAGUCUGCCGCCUCCACGCUCAAAGAUGUACAAAUUCUUCAUCGAGACUAGAGAUGGUUUCACACUUAGGGGACAGUCACACUGGCAAAACAAAGUCCUGAUUGAUGGAAGCUGUUCGGUCAUUUCCAAUGACAUACCAGCGAUUGGUUUGGAGUUGGUUUCGCUGGUAAGACUGCAUCAUUGUGCUCCUUGAGUUGCCAAUUGAUGCUUUUUUUAUAAUGUAAAGUGUUAGACCUAUGACACAGCCACAUCAAUGAAACCGAGUCCGUUCAGACGGAAGCUGUAACAUCGUAUCCAAUGACAUACCAUUUAAUUUGAGUCACCUUAGUUGCUGUGACUGUGGCGUUAUGCUCCAUGAACUGCCAAACUCUUUUAUCUCGUCAAGAGAAUAUUUUAUUAAUCAGUGCAUCGAUGAGGCACAAGAUUGGACAUCUUGAUUGGAUGUCUUGCCGUAGUGAUAUUCUCAAGGGCACCAAUAUGAGAAAAUUCAUUUCCACUGACUACAAUCAUAGAAGAAAUGGAUCGUUUUGCAUUUUUGUGGGGGUUUUAGAAUCAUUACAGGAGCCCCAAGCCUCACGCUGUUUUGAUGAUUUAUUGAAAUCCUGAUAUCAUCCAAAUUUACAUGUGUGAUGAACACACAGCAUAUGAAUCUGUUAUAACCAACAGAUGAUUAAUACCAAUAUAUUGAUGAAGAUUAGUAGCACAUAAAUGAUGAGUAUCGCUUGAUAAUUUAUCUAAUGAACACUGGUUAUGUUUCGUCAUUGUACAAAGUUAAUGUGAAUGACCCUUGGAAGCUACUAAAACUGAAAUGUUUGCAUUUAGUCAUUAGGGUUCCUUUUUUUUAUAAAUAAUGUGAUUUGUGAUUUUUUCCUUAUUUUUAGCCAUCAAUGCAUUUUUUUUUCAAGUCAUCUCCUUUAAGUAUUAUUUUUAAUACCGUUACUGUUAAUAUUGUUACAUUCAAGGACGUUCCACAGUUAUGGUGAAAUACAUGUCAUUUUCACCAAACUUUGCACAUAGAUAUUUUAGCACCUGAAUAUUCCAAAUAUGCAAAAAUUAGAAUGGGUUGAUGUGCUUGAUUUUUUGCUAUAGAGCUUCAAAGUUCACCCAAAUAGAUGUUCUUAAGAAAUGCGCAUUCAAAAUAAUUUUUGCCCUUUUAGAUCUCACAAGAUCACUACUGAGUUUAAACCUCUAUUACUCAAAAUCGAUGAAAAUUUCUUCAAAUUUCGCAAUGUAGUUAAUAAUUUUAUCAUUAAGAUGGAGAAUCUAUUUAUAUUGCUAUUUGUUUGCUCUUUGAAGUCUAACAGCACUAUCAGUUCUUAAAAAUGGUGCAAAAGAUAACAAAAACCCAAUCUAAAAAAUGUGAAAUUAGAGACGUACAAAAAAUGUUGCCCUUUAUUCAAAACUCAUGUCAUCUUAACCAAACUUUGCAUAGUUGUAGAGGAAGGUAUACCUAAGAGGUGCAAACAUUCAAAAAUAUGGGUUCAUUUGCUUGUUUUCUAACUAUUAGCACUUUUAUUAGGGCAAAUGUGCUUUUUAAAAUACAAAAACAAGCCAAAUGAUUUGUACCUAUGUAAGGAAAAAUUCCAAAUUAUUUAUUCAAACUCACAGUCAUAAUCGUCAUACUUUGCAGCUCUGCAAAGUAAAGUUUUAUAAAAUUGUAGAGGUAUUGAAAAAAUGGUCCACAGAAUAAUUCAAUUUUUUAAGCUUCACAAAAUAACACAUCAGAUCUGCAGUUAGACUG